UGACUGCUGUCCUUCCGGGACCGCCCUCUUCUGCCUGAUUACACAUCGUGGUAUUUGUCCUCUACACAGUUGGUGAAACAGUUUUGAGCAAGAAGAGGAAAGUUGCCUCAGCUGCAACCUGAACUUGUCGUGGCUGGGAGCAGAACAGAUCUUCUGCAGAGUUCUUGGUCCUCGGGGACAUUUGUCUGACCUCGACAUGCCUUCUUAUACGGUGACUGUUGCCACAGGGGACCAGUGGUUCGCAGGGACAGACGACUACAUCUACAUCACCUUGGUGGGCACGGAGAAAUGCAGCAGCAGAACGCUGCUGGACAAACCUCUGUACAAUGACUUUGAGAGGGGGGCGGUAGACUCCUAUGAGGUGAGAGUUGAGGAGGACCUAGGGGAGCUUGUGCUGGUGAAGAUUGAGAAGAGGAAGUACUGGGUGCAGGACGACUGGUACUGCAAGUACAUCACGGUCAAGACCGCCUCUGGAGACUAUUUAGAGUUUCCCUGCUUCCGCUGGCUGGUGGGCGACAAGGAGGUGGUGCUGCGGGACGGACGAGCACAUCUGCCUCAGGAUGAUAAGAUCGGCCUGGUCAAACAGCACAGACAAAAAGAGCUGAAUAUGAGGAAAAAAACCUACAGAUGGAAGGAGUGGCAGCCGGGCUUUCCUAUGAGCAUAGAUGCCGAAAGACACCAGGAUUUGCCUCGAGACAUCCAGUUCGACAGUGAGAAAGGAGUGGACUUUGUGCUGAACUACGUUAAGGCGAUAGAGAAUCUGUGUGUGAACCAGUUCAUGCACAUGUUCCAGUCCUCCUGGACCGAAUUUGCUGACUUUGAGAAGAUCUUUGUAAGAAUCAAAAACACAAUCUCAGAGUAUGUGAUGCAACACUGGAAGGAGGACUUCAUGUUUGGAUACCAGUUUCUGAACGGCUGCAACCCAGUAGUGAUCCAAAAAUGCACCAAACUUCCCGACAAGUUUCCCGUCACCCACGAGAUGGUUUCCUCCAGCCUGGAGAGGGAGCUGACUCUGGACGAGGAAAUAAAGGCAGGUAACGUCUACAUAGUGGACUUUGAGGUGUUAGAUGGCAUCAAAGCGAACUGCACAGACCCGUGCACGCUGCAGUACCUGGCAGCUCCCCUCUGUCUGCUCUACAAGAACACGCUCAACAAGAUCCUGCCAAUAGCCAUACAGCUUGGGCAGACUCCAGGUGAAGACACCCCAAUCUUCCUGCCCACUGACGCUAAGUAUGACUGGCUGCUGGCAAAGAUCUGGGUGCGCUCGGCUGAUUUCCAGUACCACCAGAACAUCACGCACCUGCUCAGGACACAUCUCAUAACAGAGGUGUUUGCGAUCGCCAUGUUCAGGCAGCUCCCAGCGGUUCACCCCGUUUAUAAGCUUCUUAUCCCGCACAUUCGUUUCACUAUCGCCAUCAACACCAAGGCCAGAGACCAGCUCAUCAAUGAGCACGGCAUCUUUGACAAGGCCAACGCGACAGGCGGAGGUGGCCACGUGCAGCUGAUUCAGAAGGCCACAAAGACCCUGACCUUCAGGUCUCUGUGCUUCCCCGACAUGAUCAAGGCCCGUGGAAUGGACAGCAAGGAGGAGCUGCCCACCUACUUCUUCAGGGACGACGGCAACAGCGUGUGGGAGGCCACCAAGAGCUUCCUGUCCGAUGUGGUGCAUAUUUAUUACACCAGCGACGAGACGGUGCAGCAGGACGUGGAGAUCCAGGCCUUCGUCAAAGACGCGUCCAGCUUCGGGAUGCAGGACUUCGAUCACUGUGAGUUUCCCAAGGCCCUGAAAACACGUGAGGAGCUGUCAGAGUACCUGACUGUCGUUGUGUUCUCCGCCUCAUCGCAGCACGCGGCUGUCAACUUUGGACAAUUUGACUGGUGUUCCUGGAUCCCCAACGCUCCUUCUACCAUGAGGAAGCCUCCGCCCAACCAGAAGGGCGUGGCAGAUGUGAACCUGAUCCUCGACAGCCUCCCUGACCGCGGACGCUCCAGCUGGCACCUGGGCGCCGUGUGGGCCCUCAGCCAGUACCAGGAGAGCGAGCUCUACCUGGGCAUGUAUCCCGACGAGCACUUCAUCGAGAAGCCGGUGAAGGAGGCAAUGGAGAAGUUCAGGACGCGGCUGGCAGAGAUCACCAGCUCCAUCAAGAGGAGGAACGAGGGAAAGAAGCUGCCGUACUACAACAUGUCCCCUAACAAAAUCCCCAACAGCGUCGCUGUUUGAGGGGAAAAACACACACGUCUCUGUGUAAUAUUUGUACAAAUAGCACAUUGAGGCUCUGCUGAUGUUCCUGCACUGUACAAAUAUGCUUUUGUCACCAGAGCAUACAAGUUUAAUGAUACUGUAUAUGGAAAUUCAGAUAAGACAACAUAAGCCCAGGUUUUCAAACCUCUUCCUUUAUUUUGGGUGCAAGUUGAUAAAUGUUACUUCAGGUUAAAAAUUUAAAUUCAUGUUGAUCUUCAGAGUGUGCACAACUACCUGCUCCUUUUUAGGAGAGCAAAACGGAGAGAACUAAAAUUACUUCACUAUAGUUGCAUCACUCCACCAACCAGUGAAGUUUCCGUACAUUUUCUCCAGACUCAUGCUGGACAAAAGUUGAAGAAAUGCUGCAAAGACAGGUUGAAUAUAUCAUGUUCAAAAUGCCAAAAAUCACGUUUUGUGUGGCCACUGUGAUCUUGACCUUUGACCUUCUACCACCCAGAGUUUAUCAGUUACUUCAUGAGUGUAAAUGAACAUUUGUACCAAAAUUAAAAUGAUUUUAAUGUUUGCAAGACAUUUGAAGAAAUUCCCUGAAGGUGUUGUUUAGAUAUCAUGUUCACACGGAUGGGACGGACGUACAGACAAUCAGAAAACAUAAUGCUUCCGACCGCUGGCUGUCAUCAGUGAAGAGGCAUUGUGCAAAACUAAUAUGUUGUGCUACUGAUUACAUUAAUGCAAAAUUGACAGUUUGUAACAGUGUCAAAAAUAUUGUGACAAUUAAAUUCAAAUCCAGAACACAAAUAUCUGAACACUGACAACGACACGGAGCGUUAAAAGUAACUUAAUUUUUAUUUGGUUGUUCUUUUUAACUCUACAUACUUGUUCAAACAUGGGAACUUCAACUGAAAACACAUCAAUAUUUCUUUUAAAAACAUAUGUACUUUUACCAAAUUUUUUACAGUUACUAUUCCAAAGUAAAUUCACAGACAAACUCGUGGAAUGAUAUUAUAAGACAGGGGAACAGUCAUAUAUGUUCAAGUCCAGUCAGUAGUAAACAAAUGUAGCUUUAUGCAAGUUACACUAUUCCCAGACAUAAGAGAAUCGAAGAGAGAAGAGGAAGAAAAACAGAAGUACCUUUUCUUCUCAGUUGAUUUCCUGCUCAGUGGGAUCGUGAAGUGGAAAAAAAGAAUAAUUUCAUGGCGAUAGACACUUUGAAAGAAGAAGCUGCUCUGAGAGAAACGUGUCUGCUUGUUCGAGUGCCCUUUAGAGGCUUCCAUCUUCAUCAGGACCACAUCAAAACUUCUGUGUCAGACUUCAUGAGAGGAGCCAGCUCCUAUGAGUGGUAAAUAACAAAAUGCACAAUAUACAGCCCAACUUUUAACCAUCCAGAUCAAGGAAAUUAUAUGUUUAAAUAUCCAAUGUUUUUUCUUCUUUGUUGUUGUGGAAAAUUCAAAUAUGAUGCUGUGGUUAAACGUGUCUAUUCUGCAUUUUUAAAACCAAUUUCAACAAGCAAUUUUAAAAAGCAAUAAAAGCUGGAGCAGAUUCCCACGUUAAGCUUUGUACAA